GAUCACAACGCAUCGCCUCGGGCUAUUUAUCCAGCCUUUCAUGUCUCUGUGUCCCUUGUGGAUGUGCCACUCUCCCAUUGACAAUGGAGGAUGAGGGCAUGUCCAUUGUUCCCUAUGGGUCUGGCAAUCUUGAUGUCGUGCUACGGCACAAUGACUCCGUUGUGGUUUAUGAUCGAGACUCGCGGCAACUCGUUCUACAAAACACGGCGGAUCGAAGGGGUAGCGACCUAGAUCUAGCCGACUGUCCUUACUGCCAUCGUCCUUUACACGAGAACGGGUCGCCCCAAAGUGAUCAUGAAACAAGCCCGGGCGCGCAAGCCGAAUUCGUCAAUCCUGAUUAUUUUCGUCUGCUUCAUGCCAGCCUACCUGGCUCUACGGACUCGUCCACACCCCCAUCCCCUCGUCGUCGACUCGCCCAGCCGGCUAUUGCGGAUGGCCCGUCGUCAAAUGACCCUGGCUAUCCGGAGGGCGGCGUGCAUACCGGUCAGGGAAUCUCGUCAGCAGCAUUUACACAGGAUUACUUCAAGAAGUUCUUUGUCGAAGAGACAAUCCUAGGCAAGGGCGGCAAGGGUGUUGUUCUUCUAGUCAAACACGUACUGGACGGUGUCUCGCUUGGUCAUUACGCCUGUAAGCGAGUUCCUGUCGGAGAUGACCAUGAGUGGCUUGAAAAAGUACUGGGUGAGGUGCAGCUUCUACAGCACCUAUCGCAUCAAAAUCUCGUCUCGUAUCGACAUGUUUGGCUGGAAAACGCCAAGAUUACUACGUUUGGUCCGAGUGUGCCAUGUGCGUUCAUUCUACAGCAAUACUGCAACGCGGGGGACCUCCACAAUUACAUUUGUGGCGCAGUGCAAACUCCUACUACAACGCAGCAGCUAAAAGAUCGUCUAAGAAGGAGGUCGAAGGGCGGACUCGGUCCUGAGGAUGAUCUUGGGGCACUUCGGAAGCUCCAAUUCGAGGAGAUUUAUUCCUUCUUCAAAGACAUUACUUCCGGGAUUCGGUAUCUCCACGCCAAUGGUUAUAUCCACCGUGACCUCAAGCCUCACAACUGCUUGUUGCAUAAAACCAGCGAUGGGAUACGGGUGCUAGUAAGUGACUUCGGCGAAGUCCAGGCUCAAGACGCAAUCCGAAGGUCCACUGGCGCGACAGGGACCGUUUCCUAUUGCGCACCGGAGGUUCUACGACGAGAGUACGCCGACGGUCCUUUCGGUAACUUUACCUUCAAGUCCGACAUCUUCUCUCUAGGGAUGAUCCUGUACUUUUUAUGCUUCGCGCAACUUCCGUACAGCAACGCCGACUUGAUCCACGAGGAGAAAGAAGACCUAGACCGACUUCGCGAGGAAAUCAGUCAAUGGGCUGGGUUUGACUACGCUAGGCGCAUGAGACCUGAGCUCCCCGAGCAGCUUUACUUAUUCCUUCAGCGCUUACUCUCCGUGGACCCGGAUCGCCGACCGUCGGCAGAAGAAGUUCUCAACGGUCUCCAAGCUGGGGCCAAUGUCAAUGAGAAUUUCCGCCUAAAGCGAUCUAGUCCGACCGGCUCGGAGACUCGCCCCAACGCCCGAAUUCACCCUGUAGAGAGCCCUUCAGCUGCAUCCUAUACUCGCCAAGCCUUGUCUCCAACCAGAAGCCUCACACGACCACCGUCAAGUGUACGACGAACUUCUGCAUUCGAUAGCAACAACACCGAUGCAGGCAGAGCCGAAUCUACCUCUUCCUCCAUCAGCCCCGAGCGAAAUCUGAUCUUCCGACCGCGGUUCUCAAGCACCCCUUCAUCCUCACUCUCGCCAACUCAUCAUUCUCCUGAGGACCGACACCACGAAGUGCUACCCCAUGAUCGUUCCGAUAAGGGCGAACAGCCCCGACAACAUCAUCUGCUCCCACCACCACCACCCCCUCCUACUAGUCGCUGGUCUUUACAAAGAUACCUCCCUUUUCUGGAGCCUUUGGCUGCUUCUCUGGCCGACUGGCAACUUGGGGUCACAAUCAUGCAAAUGGCCAGCUUCCUCCUCAAAAUACUGUCCAUCUUUCAACCCUGCAGCCCGCUAACUGUCAAUCCCUGGGUUGCUUAUCCCCUGCUGUUAGUGGCAGCUGUUAAUUUCCCAGCGAGGAGUUUGGCUAGGCAACUGGUCUCACUGAUGCUACAUCUCGUGGUUGUAAGUUUAUGUAUGCGGAUGGAGGCGCUUUGUUGGAGGACGUACAUGCGGUGAAGGUUAUACAUGUCUGGAAGGUCCCUUUCGGUUGGAUGCUCUUAUCUGGAUUGAAUUGGCACAAAGGUAGGGCUAAGAAGAUGGCUCUUGUUUUUCAGCAUAUCGCAUUGCAUGUGUAGUGAAGGUGUGCAUGUGUUCUAUGAUUGUAGGCGCCCAUGACCUUUGGAUACUU